AUGCGUGAGCCUGUAGCUGCUGUACGUCGAAAAAAUAAAACCGAAUUGCCUCAAGAGAUCCCGCGAAGUCCACUCAAUGAGGUAGCAGUCGCGAGCGCUCUCUUCGACAACGAGAGCGAAUACCCGAACGAGCUCGCCUUCAAACAGGGAGACACACUCAGGAUCGUUGAUAACGGCAGUGACGUCGACGGUUGGCUGUUGUGCGUGGAUGUGAAAGGGAAACGCGGUUUUGCGCCAGCGAAUCGUCUCAAAGUCAUGAAUCGUUUCGAGAAUGAUCCAUUUUUUCAACACGCGCACCCGCUUUUCGACGAUUUUUUCAUGUUUCGAAAUGAGGAUCGCGGUGCUUUUGAUGAUCCGUUUUUUGAUCGAGCGCCUCGUCUCUUCUCGGCGAAUCCCUCUCGAAUGACGUCACCGGCUCCAUCGAUGACUUCAAUUCCAAACGCUGUCCCACCAGUCCGACGGCUUUCUUCGAUGAAUGACGCCUACCAAGGUGUCGUCAGGAAUAUCCCAAUCCGUCUUGAACAGGGAAGCGGUGAGAGCCGAAUCGUCCACACGGACGAUGCGAUCGGUCCACAAGCAAUGCGUCGAACAAUGAGUGCUGGUCGAGUGUCACCACCGGUUCCACCGACGCGGAAAUACUUCAACAUCGCGCCUCCACCUCAACUUGCUACACAACCACAGACUUCAUCCUCGGAUGAAGACGAUGCACAACGAACUCCAACUCUUCGCAAUCCAUCCUACGAUUUCGUCAGUCCUUUGAGGGAGGACCGUCCGUCGAGCGACCUCUCUAACAUGGAAAACUUGGCUCAACGUUUGAAACAAAUCGCUCGUCCAUAUCGCAGCUCAUUUGAUGGAUCGGAUUUCCCGAGUGAGCGCCGAUCACAACUGAAAUCUGUUCAGCCACAAUCGAGCUUUGAAGCAGAACAAACUGGACAAGAAAAGCGAGUUUCUGAUUCUUCGACGAUCUCCGGAUGUUCAUCAGAUCCGAACACUUCAAUCUCUGAGCAAAACAACAGCGAAGACUCUGGACACGGCUCUUUAUCUGGGGCGCCGAUAAAAGUUGAAGUACGAUCAUCAAAUCUGACGAGGCCAAUAAAAUUCGAUAAUGACGAUGUCCCGUCAAGCACUUCUGUCUUGGAAACGGUUUUUGAUAAUCUCGACAAGUUGAUACCGAAAAACGUGAGAAAUGUGCCGAUUGUGACAAAGGAACCGCCAGCAAUUCCGCCAAAACCAGUAACAAACUGGAAAGUGCCGAUUCACGUUGAGGAAGACAUUCGAAAGAAUGAUUCGCCGCAUUGGAAUAAGAUUCCCACACAUCUAAUCGAGGAGCCGGCUCCUACACCGAAAAGAAUCGACAAAUUAAACGAUCUGUUGGAUGAUGAGAUGCUGAGCCGUAAAAGAGCCGUCGUCACACAAUUGGCCGACUCAUUGAGAUCAAUCGAAUUGUCUGUGCAAAUGAUGAACAAGGCAACAGCGCCUCAAUUCUGGCGAGCGCCACACGUUUUGCAAGUGCAUCUGCCGGCUCUCAAAGAGGCUUGUCAAAAUUUGCACGAACAGACGGAACUCUUCGUCGACACAACUGCCAGAAUAUCCAUUGAUUCAAGGCAUCCAAAAGCUGAUGAACUCCGUCGAUUGGUGACACCACUUCGAGACACGAGAGGCGUCAUUACUGGCCUUAGGCGUCAAUUGGAUUCAUCAGGAUGGAAGCUAGCCGUGCUUGCUAGAGACAAAGAACAACCGCGUACGGGAAUGGAUGCCUUGGAGCAGUUAAUUCACAUCGCGAAACAGAUUCCAAACGAGUGUCGCUCCUUAUGGGAUUGGUCUCGAUCUUUGUCCCCUUCAACAGCUAUUGUUUUUCUUGGUGGACCCGCAAAAAUCCCUCCUUUCCCCACUCAUUUCCCAUCUACGAGUCAGCUAAACGCGAAAUUGAAACCCGUUGACGAGGAUGAGAAACGACUUUCCACCUCUUCAUCAUCGACUUUAACAUCGGGUGACUCUUCUCCAUCAGCCGCUUCAUCGUCUUCACUCCACUCAAAUCCAACCGCGAAUCCACCGUCGAUUUUAGUCACCAAUAAAACGACGUCAAAUCGUGGACGAGUGAAAUUCGUGGAUCAAAAGCCGGAUCCUCAACCGUUGGCUACAAGUUCUCCAUCAAAUUCCAACGAUCGAAACUCGUUGUCCCCGUCAGAAACCGAAUCAGAAAGAGAGACACCAAUCUACUCAGAGAUCAACAAAUUCAGAGAUAUAGAACCACCACAUCUUGUCAUUCCAAGCAUUUCACAAGAAAGAACUGGAUCGACUCCUUCAUUUCUCUCCUCUCCUUCAGGAUCAACGGCAGUGAUGGAAGAAGAUGAUUUAGAAAGCGUGAAUAGCGAUCGAGAAUCUUUAUAUCAAGAUUACGCUAUUUUGGAUGAUCUUUUCCCUGAGCGAAAGAAGGAGAAUAAGAAAAAAAUUGAAGAACGACCAAGAAUCGUCGAAGAAGAUCGAGAGUUUAUCAAGUUAUCCGCUCCGCAAUUCGAUCAACACGUCACUUCGCUAUCCACAGCUAUUGACGAGUUCUUGAACACUGUUGAGAUGCAUCGACCACCACGCGAAUUCGUUCAUCGUGGGAAAUUGGUGAUUCUCUGGGCUCACAAAUUGGUCUAUUUGGGCGAUUCGCUCUCGGAUGGAUUGCACGCAGAAGCGCUGAAAGCGACGGCUCGUUUAGCGGCGAAUCGACUCUGUGAUGCGCUGCAAGAAUGCGUAGCGCAUACAAAAACAGCAGCUGAUGAGUACCCGGAUGUGACAUGUAUGCAGACGAUGGUUGACAGUGUGAUGUCGGUCGCUAGAAGCGCACAAGACCUCAAAAGAACGGUGGUCGAUUGGCAAAUUGCGUCAAGUGUA